AUGGACUUUAGUCUGUGCUUUCAGGACAGUGUGCUGACGCUUUUACCCAGCAUAGCUCUGCUCAUCGCCUUCUCCCCAAGGCUGCACAAUGUUGCUGGGAAAGGCCGACUCGUGGGUGUCAAACCUAAUGCGGUCUUCUACUUCAAAAUGCUGGCUGUAGUGGCUGCAAUCGCCAUCCAGCUCGGACUCUUGAUCAAGCUUGUCUCCCAGGACGGAUACCCAUCGUCCAGUCUGCUGAGCGCGGUCCUCUACUUGGUUUCUUUGGCCAGCGCGGCAUUGCUCCACUGGUUCGAGUUCUUCAACAUGCCCAACCCUUCCUCAACUCUCCUCGUCUUCUGGCUCUUCACCGCUCUUAUCUCCAUCUUCCCCACCCGCUCCCUCAUCCAAGAGUCCUCUGAUGGACUGUCAUCAACCAUCCCAGCCCUAAAGCUCGCCUUCACGGUGGUGGCCUUCUUGGUCUUUGCGCUCGAGAACAUUCCCAAGUCCAACCGGUCUAUCCUCGUCCGACCCAAUGUCAUGCCGCCUGUCCAGGCCAACCCAUCUCCAGAACCAAGCUCCAGCUUUUUUUCGCGGAUAACGUUCUUCUGGUUGCUGCCGUUGCUGAGGCAGGGCAAGAAAAAGACACUGAGGAUGGAGGACAUCUGGAACUUGCACCCCAAACUGCUGAGUUACCCACUCUAUCUCACCACCAAGGCCAAUAUGGACGCACAUGAAGCGAUGGUGGAUCAGAAGCUGAAGGACAAGGGGAACGACAAGGACAAGGGAACAACCAAACUCGGACUUAGUAGGACCGCCCUCGCCAAGAUCGUGCUCAGCUCUGUCGGCUAUGGAUUCCUGACGGCCACCGUCCCCAGAAUUCUCUGGAUCGCUGCAACUUACGUGCGCCCAACCCUCUUCUCGAGCCUGAUUGCGUUCGUCGUGAGUUACUCUGCUUCAUCGAAGGACGCAGGGAUCCCACCCCAGGAGCCCUGGGUCGGCUUCGGUCUGCUGAUCGCUGUGUUUGCCAGUUCUGUCAUUGCCGCGUUGUUCGACGCUCAAUUUUUAAACAUUAACUUCAACUGCAGUCUGAAGGCUCGUGGCGUGUUCGUGAACCUGAUCUACCGCAAGUCCCUGCGUUUGAGCGCGACCAACAAGCAAGAGGGCAUGGGCUCGAUCGUCAACCACAUGAGCACCGAUGUUGACAAGGUCGUGGCCCUCUUCCAGGUCGUCCAUUACUCCUGGUCCUCCAUCGUCGAAAUAGCCAUCGCCGUCGUGCUAUUAUAUAACGAGGUCCGAUACGCCAUGUUCGCCAGUCUCGCAGUCAUUGUCAUCAUCCUCGGCAUCAGCGGCUCUUCUUCUCCCCAUAUCGGCAAGCACUAUGUGGCCAUGAUGACAUCCUCGGACCAGCGAAUGAAGCUCAUCACCGAGCUCGUGACAUCCGUCAAAUCCAUUAAGCUGUAUGGUUGGGAGUCCUACUUCACAGGCAGGAUUACCAAUGCUCGGAACCUGCAACUGAAGGAGCUCCGCAAGUUCUUCGCCUGGAUCACUUUUAUCUCCGUUUUCCUCAUCUCGACCGUGCCAUUCUGCGUCUUUGCGACUCUUUCCAUCUAUACGGCCAUCGCCAACACAGAUGAGCCUCUGGAUCUCCGUAGGAUGUUCACUGCGAUCACCCUGAUCUCUAUGCUGGAGGGUCCAGUGAGGAUGAUCAAUCAGUCCUUUUCUUCGCUUGUGGGAGGCAAGGUCGCCUAUGAGCGUCUCCAAGAAUUCUUCAACUCUGAGGAGAUCGACGACGGGAACGUCAUCAGGGAUACGGACAAGAAUGCGUCAGAGUUUGCGUUCGAGAUCGAGCAGGGAACGUUUGGAUGGUACACACCCGAGGCAGUCGAGGCUGCCAUCGAGAAGAAGGAAAAGGAGAUGAAGGACAAGGCCGUGGAAGCCACCAAAGCUGCAAAGAAGAGCAAAACUAGCGAGACCAAGGAGAGUGCGAGCGAAUCUCUUUCAACCCUGGACGAAAAACUGAGGGAUGAGAAGAAGCCUGAAGAAAACAACUCAGCCCCGGACAGCACUCCUGAGAACACGGACGAUAACAUGGGUCCUGUUCUACGCGACAUCAACCUCCAGAUCAAGCGCGGAGCUCUGACAGCUGUGGUCGGCAGGGUCGGCGAGGGCAAGUCCUCGCUUGUGGGUGCUCUUUUGGGAGAGAUGCACAAGUACUCGGGCGCAGUUCGUUCGUAUGGUUCUCUGGCCUACGUGGCCCAAUCGGCUUGGAUCUUGAAUGACACGGUGAGGAACAACAUCCUGUUCGGAAAGCCCUACGACAAGGAGCGGUACUUGAACACCAUUCGAGCCUGUGCCUUGGUUCCGGAUUUCAAGAUGCUGGUUGACAGCGACCAGACCGUCAUUGGAGAGAAGGGCAUCAAUCUCUCUGGAGGACAGAAGCAGCGCAUCUCAAUCGCUCGUGCAGUCUACGCUGAUGCCGACAUCUACAUCUUUGAUGACCCGCUUUCGGCCGUCGAUGCUCACGUCGAUAAGCACAUCUUUGAGCACGUCCUGACCAAAAUCCUCGUAGGCAAGACCCGCAUCCUCGUCACCAACGGCGUGAACCACCUCGUUGAAGUCGACCAGAUCGUGGUCAUCAAGCAGGGUUGCAUCUCUCAGGACGGUGUCUAUGAGCACCUAAUUCAGAAUGAGCAAGGCGAUCUGUUCCGCCUCAUUCAGGAGAGCAAGUUCGUGGCCAGCAAAAAUGAAAACUCGAAUGAUGAUGAGGACUUGGACGGGGAGUUUGACUCCACAACCGAGGGCUCAGACGACGAAUCUGUCAGCGCAUUGAAGACUGCCGGAAAGGACGAGAAGCACAGCAAUGGCAACGACGGUACACAAUCAGAGGGACUCAUGGAGGGACCAACUAUUAAACGCGCAAAGUCCUCGAUCAAGGAUGAGGCUUUUGAGGUCGAUGACAAGGACGAAGUGAACGACGAGGUUCAGGCGCAGGGACGAGUCGGCUGGAGCGUCUACAUGUUUUACAUCUCCAAGCUGGGAACUUUUGGCCUGAUCUCAUUCCUUACCAUCGCCUUCUGCUCCCUGGCCAUGGAUAUCAGCACCAAGCUGUGGCUACAGCGUUGGGGCAAUGAGGCUGACCUUCCAGCAGAGAAGCAGCACUCGGCCAAGUACUGGACCGUCACCUACUUUGCCUGGGUCCUCUCCUCAGCACUCAUGCUCACUGUCACUAUCGCAAACUUCACGGUCUUCAUGUCCCUCAGGGCAUCCAAAGCCCUACACGCCUGCAUGCUCGCCCCCUUGGCCCGCUCGCCCAUGAGCUUCUUUGACGUGACAUCUGCGGGAAAGAUUAUCAACCGGUUCGCGCAUGACAUGAAUGCCGUCGAUAUCGAUCUUCCCUCGCAGUUCCUGAACUUGAUCCUCAUCAUACUGUGGGCGGGCAACAUUUAUGCAUUCUGCAUCGGGGCCAGCUACUACUUUGCAAUCGCCAUGCUGCCAAUCGGAUACAUCUACUACUUGCUCGGAGGAUUCUACCUCGUGUCCUCGCGCGAGAUCAAGCGCCUCGAUUCCGCCACUCGCUCACCUAUGUAUUCACAUUUCGGCGAGACCCUCGGAGGUCUGGUCACUAUCCGCGCCUAUGACGAAUCCCACCGUUUCGCGACCCAGGCCACGGUUUUGCUUGACCGCUCACAGCAGACCAGUUACCUGGCCAACGCGACCUCGCGUUGGCUAGGAAUCAUGUUUGACAUGAUGAGUGUCUUGAUUCUCUCACUUGUUGCCCUCCUUGCCAUCGUCCAGCGCAACACGCUCCAGCAGGGCAUCUUUGCGGUCGCCCUCUCUGAGAUCGGAAACCUGACCACAGUCAUGAACCGCGUCAUGUCUACCGGCUGUCAGAUUGAGACUGACAUUGUCGCGAUCGAGCGUGUGCGUGAGUACUCUCAGCUGCCCUCCGAAGCCCGGGACGUCAUCCCAGACUCAAAGACGGACAAGGCUUGGCCCCAGCAGGGCGAGAUCGUCUUCCAGGAUUACAGCACCCGCUACCGAGAGGGACUUGACCUCGUCCUCAAGAAGGUCAGCGUCACUAUCAAGGGCGGGGAACGUGUCGGAAUCGUCGGUCGCACAGGCGCAGGCAAGUCCAGUGUGACGAUGGCGCUCUUCCGAAUCAUGGAGGCUGCAGAAGGCUCUAUCUCCAUCGAUGGCAUCGACAUCUCAACCCUUGGACUCCAUGAGCUCAGGUCCCGGUUGACGAUCAUUCCACAGGACCCUUUCCUCUUUGGAGACUCUAUCCGCUUGAACUUGGACCCAUUUGGGCGUCAUAACGACACUGAACUCUGGGCUGCUUUGGAAUCUGCUUCGCUAAAGUCCUAUGUCUCCUCUCUUUCCGAGGGUCUUUCGGCCACGAUCGAGAACGGGGGUGAAAACAUGUCUCUGGGUCAACGCCAGCUGAUGUCUCUUGCACGAGCGAUGCUCGCCAAGAACACGCGCGUGCUCUGCUUGGAUGAGGCCACAGCUGCGAUCGAUAUCGAGACGGACAAUGCGAUCCAGCAAGCGCUUCGACGCGAGUUCCAGGGCUGCACAGUGUUGACGAUCGCGCAUAGGAUCAACACGAUCAUGGACAGUGAUCGGAUCUUGGUACUUGAUAGCGGUGAGAUGAAGGAGUUUGAGUCGCCUGCAAAGCUGUUGGCAGACCCAACCUCGAUCUUUCACUCGCUCGCCAAGGAGUCUGGAAACCUUUGA